CUCUUCUCAGCUCGACUGAGACUUCAGUGAACAUACACUGGCACUUCUUAACUCAAAAGUUGAAGCUGCCUUAGCCAUAAUCUGCUGACAUUUCCCCCAUCCAAUUUCUGGCACAUCCGCUCUUUGAUAGUUCCCUGUCAUUCCCGGCAGACCGCGAGCACUCUUUUGCAAAUCUAUUGAGCCCUCACCAACUCCGAAGCACUCUAGCCCAUAUCUGCGACUUUGCGCAAAGUAACGCCGUCUGGAUCGCCGCUAAUUGGAAGGUGAACCCCACCGCGUGAUUCCGCUUGGACACCAACACCAUGGAGUCACAGGGCAAUACAGCUCAGCCUAUCAGUGCAGAUGAGAUCGCCUUGUAUGAUCGUCAGAUCCGUCUUUGGGGCGUGAAAGCCCAGGAAAAGUUGCGAUCAGCGAAUAUACUUCUAAUUACCUUUAAGGCAUUGGCGAAUGAAGUUGCUAAGAACCUCGUUCUCGCUGGUAUUGGCACACUGACAAUUGUUGACCAUGAGACCGUCAAGGAGGAAGAUUUGAGCGCCCAAUUUUUCGUCACGGAAGAGCAUAUAGGGCAGAAUCGCGCGCAAGCGGCAGCCCCGUCAAUUCAUGCAAUGAACCCAAGAGUUCAGCUUCGUAUCGAUACAGAUGACAUACACAUGAAGCAACCCGAUUUCUUUGCACAAUUCGAUGUCGUCAUUGCAACAGAGCUGGACUUUAAAAUGUACACUACCAUAAAUGCGGCAUGCCGCAUCGCAAAUCGUCCAUUCUACGCAGCAGGGUUGCACGGGUUCUACGGGUUCGUCUUCGCAGAUCUAAUUUCACACGAUUUUGUUAUCGAACGGUCCAAGUCAAACGUCCCCUCAGCUACCCAAGAGACUCCAACGCGAAGCAUAGUUAGUAUCACGACGAAGAAGGAAAACGAUAAAGUUAUCGAGAUGGUUACCAAGCGAGAGACAUACUCGCCUCUGAUUUUGGCAAACACAUCUCCCCUCCCGGAAGACUUCACUCGUCUGCCACGAAAACGGCGACAGGUCACGCCACUCCUUACUUGUCUCCGAGCGCUGUGGGAGUUCCAAAAGCUAUCCGGAGGUUGUAUGCCAACUUUCUCUCGUCAAGACCUUGAGCUGUUUACUAAACUCGCCCGUGACGGCCAUCAAGAAUUGAAAUUGGAUAUCAGCACCCUCGACUCGGAGUUCUUGCGCACCUUUUUGCAGAAUCUCGGAAGCGAACUAAGCCCCGUUGCCGCCGUUGUCGGUGGUAAGUUAGCUCAGGACGUGAUCAAUGUAUUGAGCGUCAGAGAGCAACCUAUACAGAACCUCUUGCUCUUUGACGGCGAGAAGUCCCUCGCUCCUAUCUACCCCUUGCACCCAUUCUUCCCUCCAGAAGUCGAGAAUGUCAUGCCCGCCAUUCCUCCUGCCGCGAAUCCGAUCCCUUUGAACGGCAAUCUUACAAUGCAACAACCAAUGAUUCUUCCCUCGGGAGCAAACGUCUGAAUACGAGGAGAGGAGAAACAUUGACGUUAAUGAUAACUAACAUUUUGUAUUCUAUAAGAUCCUCGCGCAUUUUUUUUUUUUUUU